GUCAUGUUUUGUGUACAAACAAAGGUAGUUUUCCGUGAAGCUACUGUAAAUAUCUUGUUGGCAACCUAAAUAAUAAGUCCCUUAGUUUAUCAGUUAGUACAUCGUUAAUUUAAUAAAUUAAUUACAAUGUCCCUGAUAUUGUCCAGUUCGGUUCACCACUAGUUGAUAGUGGGACCUGUUGAUAUUGUAACUUUAUUUAAUUAAUUUUAUUAUUAAAAUUAAGUUUGCUACUUUUAUUAAUCUAAGUAUCUAAGUGUAUGAAAAAAUAAUUCUUAGAUUUUAACUAAAAAGUGGAGUGUUAUACUUCGACGAUAACCGUGCGCGUUUUGUGAUUGCGAUGAAUUGUAUUGAAAGAAUAAUAUUAGCUAGUAGUUCUAUAGAAAGUUCAUAUGGCAAAAAUUAUGGUGCAUCUACUUCUGAAUGGACACCGCUGCUGGGGCGUCCCAAAAACAUUCCCGAGGACUUGAUAUCUUUAUUCGUGAUACCGCAACGAUGGGUGAUGGCCAUCAUGGGUUUCCUGGCCGUAGCGAACGCGUACACGAUGCGUGUGUGCCUCAACAUAGCCAUUACACAGAUGGUGAGGCGGCACGCAGCGACUUCGGCCUACGAAGUCGGCUCGUGCCCUGGUGACGUAGAUGAAGUGACAGAUGAAAGCAAGGAAAUAACUGGAUACAAUUGGGACGAAGAAACUCAAGGCAUAAUACUCAGCGCAUUUUACUAUGGUUACAUAGUAACGCAUUUGCCUGGUGGCAUGUUGGCUGAAAGAUUCGGUGGGAAGUACUCCCUCGGCUUCGGCGUGCUCAGUACUGCUGUGUUCACGCUGCUGACUCCAUGGGCGGUGAACAUGGGAGGCGCUACAGGACUUAUCAUACUUCGAGUUCUUGAAGGCUUGGGCGAGGGUACAACAUUUCCUGCCCUGAACGCGAUGUUAGCUCGAUGGGCCCCUGUGUCAGAGCGAGGACGAAUGGGAUCGCUGGUGUUCGGAGGUGCCCAAAUUGGGAACAUUGCUGGGACGUAUUUCUCAGGACUUGUUAUCAAAGAGACCGGUGAAUGGCAAUCGGUGUUUUAUCUCUUCGGUAGCAUCGGGAUCCUGUGGUUUAUUUUAUGGGCGUUGCUGUGUUACAAUGACCCCGAAUCACAUCCCUAUAUUUCGGACAAAGAAAAGAAGUACUUGGAAGAAGCUCUCGGCAGGCAUCACAACAGCCAACCUUCAGCCAUUCCAUGGAAAGCAAUUUUCAUGUCCGUCCCCUUGUGGGCUCUAGUUUGCGCACAGAUCGGUCACGAUUACGGAUACUUCACUAUGGUCACAGAUCUUCCGAAAUACAUGACUGGUGUGCUAAAAUUCGACAUACACAGGACUGGUACGCUUGCUGCGUUGCCUUACGCCGUUAUGUGGAUAAGCUCUAUCAUCUUCGGUUGGUUAUGCGACAAGAUUGUUAAAAGGAAAUGGAUGACCGUUACCAAUUCGAGGAAGACAUUUACGACUAUCGCAUCCGUUGGACCAGGCAUCUGCAUGAUUCUAGCAUCAUACUCAGGAUGUAAUACGGAAGCCGUUGUGAUUCUCUUCACGGCAUCCAUGGGACUCAUGGGUGCUUUCUACCCUGGCAUGAAAGUAAACGCCUUGGAUUUGACCAGCAACUACGCGGGGACGAUUAUGGCGAUUGUAAACGGAAUUGGUGCGAUCACUGGCAUCAUCGCACCCUAUCUUGUUGGACUGCUGACUCCUGAUAGCACACUCACACAAUGGCGAUUGGUGUUCUGGAUCACGCUGGCCGUUUUCAUCGUGACCAACUUAGUAUUUGUCGCAUGGGCUUCUGGUGACGAGCAGUGGUGGAACUCCUCAGCGCAAGACCCGAAGAAGCAAGAGAUUGAAGCCGCGACGAACCAAACAGUGCAAAGUGAAAUUAAAUUGUAAUAAAGACAAUUAGUUGAAUGCAAUCCGAAUACCAGUUAUUGGGAAACAGGAUUGACUAACAUUGACGCUGAAAAGAACAGGUUGUGAAACGAUAGCAGACGCUGUUAUCGAUAUUCAAUCGAUUUCUUAUGUCAAUUGAGUGAUGAAAACGAUUACGGAAAUGUUCCAACUGCAGGAACCCAUUGCAAAGAAUGUGGCUAAUUCUGUUGCACACAAUCUCCACGUCUAGACGUAUUGCUAUCCCUUUCAUAAUGCUCACUCCGGAAAGCAUAAGAAGAAUAGCACUAGAUUUAGCAAAAUUAGCCACAAUAUCUAACGAAAGUAUCUAGUUAAUGUAACAAGAACGGAUUAAAAAAAAAGUGAAACUGUGAGGAAAAUUUUGAUUCCGAUUCGACUAAGCAUGUCGAAUAAAAUUGUGUAGAAAUAGAAAGUACAAAAAUUGAAUUAUUUCGAAAUAUUUAAAUUAAUUUAAGUCUGAAGUAUAUAAUCCAAUAUUGGCGAUUCAUUGAAUCCUCAGCCAGUGCAAUGUGAUAAUAAUAAGUAAUAGUUUAAUAGCAUAUCCUGGUGAUAUGAUAAGGAGUUAUGGACGAAGAAAAUUGAUAAAUACACACGUAGGUACAUAUCACAAUGUAUUGUAUAUUUAGAAUAAUGAAGGAUGUGUCAAAUGAGUCAGAGAACAAAUGUUACAGAGAGAAAAUAUUUAGACAGGUGUUUUACGACUACGACCUGUCGAUACUAGGAAUAUGAUUAUGAGUAGUAAUAAGAAAAACGAAUAAUAAAACGUUGUAGAGUAAAAUAUAAAGUGUAUAGUAUAAAAUUAAAAAAGCCGUUGGUACGUAUACCUACGCUAAGGUUGAAAUCUAUAAAGCGUACUUUGACUUAAGGGUCAUGAGACCGGCCUGCCCGCGAAAUUCAAAUAAUUAAUUUGGUGUUUUGCAAUUUGUAAA